UAUCACUGCCAACUGUCACAACUUGUGUUUUUAAUAUUUUCGUUUGUUUUUACUUAAUAAUAACAUCCAAAACUCUUAACAAUUCGUUGAAUGGAUGAAGAAAUUGAAGCGAGUCCUACAUCGCAGAGAAAGCGAAAAAAACUGUCCAGACGUCGUGCUAUUGAAAAAAUAUCGUUAACCGGCGGAGACAAUCAGGAACAUCAGGACACAAUUGAAGACAGCGAUUUUCCGUUCUGUAGCAGAAUGUGGCAAUCUGCUUAUUUGCUGGAAGAAAAUGAUAAAGUUCAAUUUGUCCCCAAAAAUGGUCGCUCGCAUCGAACACUCGGAAAUGAAUUCAGAAUGUCGGGGCCUGCUGAUUUUUUGAGUGUUAGUCAAUUGUGUGCAGCAAGAGCAACUCAUCAGAAUGAUAUCGAAGAAAGUGAGUGGGACGUCACAGAGUCACAGUUUCGAAAAGUUGAUGACGCGAUAAAGGAGUUUCAUGAGUCAGAAAUCAAACAAAUCGAUAAUUCAGUUCGAGACAACAACAAUACUAAGGAAGUGCCGAACGUUUCAACUCGAUUGGAUGGAGUAAUUUCCGAUGUCGCCCACAAUGAACAAUCGAUAGAAAGUGCCACCGUUGGUCGCGAUUCAUUAAAACGUCCUAGUUCGGUUUUGGAAUCAAUUCUGUCUGAUUGGUCAUCACCAAGUCCGACGAAAAUUCAGAAGACACAAAGCGAAGUGGUGCAGCUUAGUCCAAAAUUUAAAUUCAACAGAAAGCGAUGCAAGAGGACGUACUGUCGUAUGCACAAUUCAGAUCACAGAGGAAAGUUAGUCAACGAUUUGAGAAAAGCUUCACCAGCUACCUCACCGGUAUACAAUGAAACCGUUGGAGCAAAUGUCCGUCCAGAACUUUGUCAGAAACCAAAUGAUCCAGCUGAUGCCAACGACGACGACGAUUUUGAUGAGAGCAUGAACAUUGUCGACAACAUUCAAAAUUUAAGCAAAUUUUUCUCUCAAUCGUGCGAAACAGCUUUGGACGGAAACAAUAUCGAUGCAACAGAAUCUACUGCAAUGAAUUUGAGAAGCGUCGAUUUGACCGUAUCUAGAACCAGUUUGGAUGAUGAAGAAGACUUUUUGGGAUUCGAUGGACCGGAUUUGACCGGUGAACCGGUUUCGAUUACGUUGCCGGAAUUCUUCGUCAAGUGCUAUAGGAAAUUUUCGGCAUUGGAGUCAAUUACUUUACCGGAAAGAUUCAAUGAAUUCGAUACGGAUUCAGAGAGCAGCUACACACCCAUACCUUCUCAUACCGACAAUACUGAACAGCUUUUAUUAAUGGAAGAUGACGACUUAUUUGCUAACUAUCAAACGCAGCAAUAUAUUUCCAAAGAAGAAGUCGACUACGAGAAGCCUACGGCAACCAUAUCAGCAAACGAGGACUGUUACCAGAGAAGACUGUUCAAUGGUAAAAUAUGCACCGAAUCCAAUUAUGUCGAGAUGCAGACUGAAGCAGCAACCAGAGGAUUCGGAAGACGGACUAACAUAUUCGACGAUAUCGACAGAGAGUUUGACAUUACAUCAAAUCCACGUAACACCGAACCUUCGACAAGCUGUUUGAGUUUUCCAAUCAGACCACAAUGCCGGGAAACAGAACACAAUCCAAACGUAAUGUUUGCAGGCUUUUCGAUCGUCUCAGGAAAUUCAGCGGUAGCUGGCUUCACAACCGCUGGAGGAGUUCGUAUACCUGUCGCUUCAGAGUUGAUAUUGAAGAAAACCAACAUUUUCGACAGUGUGAACGUUUCCGAAGAUGAAAUCAUGCAAAUGAAUAAUUAUUUCGGCGACGAACGUAAAAACGACGUUGCAGUGCUCAAUCAAGGAAAUCUCAAUCUGAGAACAAAUUCAACCUAUGGUGGCUUCGCAACUGCUCGGGGAAAACGGAUUUCGGUGUCACCUACAAUGAUAUCGAAGAAGGCGGAUACACUCCAGGAUAUUUCGGUUAAUGGCGACGAGCUCAUGAAAAUGGGUGUUUGGAAUGAAGUCAACGAUCUCAAUGGCGAAACAAAUGAUUUUUCGCUUCGGAAUUGGGAAUUCAAUCCAGGGUCAAUGUGCAAAGGUUUCACAACCGCUCGUGGUAGAAAUAUACCUGUCUCCUCAGAUAUGAUGUUGAAGAAAACCAACAUUUUCGACAGUGUCAACGUUAAUGAAGAUGACCUCAAGAAAAUGAAUAUUUGGAUUGACGACGAACAACGAAACAAUGAGUUCAGUGCAAAUUCGAAGGCACCGUUAACAGGCUUCGCAACUGCUCGGGGAAAACAAAUUCCAGUGCCGUCAACGAUGAUAUCCAAGCACAAGAACAUUCUACAGAGCAUUGCAAUUGCUGAAAACGAAUUGAAUGGUAUGGACACUUGGAUCAGCCAUCGUGAUGUAAUUGAUGCAACAAAUGAUUCCUUGGGACAAGAACGAAACGAUUUCAAUCCAAAACCGACGUUUAAGGGCUUCACAACCGCUGGAGGAAAACAUAUGUCAAUGCCAUCGGCACAGUUAUCGAAGAUAAUUUCCAUUUUCGAUGAUGUGAAUGUCACUCCUGAUGAAUUGCAAAAUAUGAACCAUUGGAUCGAUGACUGUGCACACAGUAAGAGCACCAUGGCUUCAAGUUCCACAAAUGAAUCGAGAAAAACGCCAAUUUCAAGGUCUUUAUUUUCCAAUCCGGUUCACAAUGUCGGAGACAAUCCAAAGAAGCAAUGGAAUUCAACCGAUCUCUUUCGAGAAGUGACAAACACUCCACAAAGGGAGGCGGACAAUUUGUCGAAGAAAUUUUCAGUGGAUACGUUCAUCAAACCAAGUCCUAUGCGAAAGAUGUCAAUGAUGAAUAGUUUACGCAAAUUAGAAACAUCAAAAGAAAAUGCCGUCGCUAAGCCUGUUCUGUCAAUCGAUGAUAAGGACAGUGUUCACGGAAUGUUCAAUGCAACCAGUACACCAACAUCUUGUAAGACCAACGUGUGCGUUACACCAACGAAUAAUCUAAAAACAUAUUCGCAAAUCGGCAGAGAAAGUGCGGCAGCAAUCAUGGAGGACGACGAACUGACGUUAGCUAAUCCGGACGUUCAGUUGAAGGAACAUACUCCUGGCUUCGCUUCUGGAUUUAUGGCCGAACUAACUGCCUCAUCAACACCAGUCAGCAAAAGCGAAAACUUUCGAAGCAGAUUAAAGCAACGGAGAUUGGUCGAAAAAUUUGACGACAUUGCCCGUGAAGAUGAUGUUGAGUCAAACAUCCUUCCAGAGACUAUUAAAAUUAAGGUGUCUCCACAAGUCAAGUCAUUAAGAACGACGGCAAUCAAAGAGCAACAACAAAGUAUUGCGAAAAAGACCAAUGUCAAAGCUGUGCCGAGUUCAUUGUUCAUCAGUAAGCUGACAUCAACUAAAGUCAAUUGGAAAGAAUUCGUAGAGCAUAGUCGUCCGGUAAAUAAGCCCGUAACAGGUGCCAAUAUCACCAACAACGUCCUAAAUGUAACUGUUGAUAAUGCCACGAAAUUUAGGUUCAACGCGUGGGAACAUUAUUCGGAUGAAGUUUGUCGGGAAAACAUAAACGGAAUCCAUCUUCAAGACGACAUCGUAGUCAUAAUGGAUGAAAAUUGCCAAAUCGGUCUAACCGAAAUAUCAACCGCUUUCCUAAGUUGUCCCAGUGUCGAUCCUGCGCUCAUCCAUACCAAAUGGAUCGAAAACAAUAUGAAAUGGAUUGUGGUCAAGCUAGCCGCUAUGGAACGAUCAUUCCCGCAUCGUUUUGCUGGAAAGGCUUUAACACUGGAGAAUCUAAUGCUGCAAAUGAAAUACCGUUACGAGCGUGAAAUUGACCGUGUUGAACGUUCAGCCAUUCGGAAAAUAUGCGAGAUGGAUGACGUACCGGAAAAACGGAUGAUUCUCUUUGUGGCUGGAAUAACGAAAAGUAGCAGCGAAUAUGAAGUAGAACUGUCCGAUGGCUGGUACAGUUUAUCGUCGACUUUGGACUUCGGAAUGAAAAGGCUGGUCAAUGAGGGAAAAAUUAAAAUCGGUACGAAACUAGUCAUUCAAGGUGCUAACACAAUAAACUUAAGCGAAGGAUGCCAUCCGUUAGACGUGCCUGCCAAUGUGAAAUUGAAAAUUCAUGCAAAUUCUACACGUCGUGCUCGGUGGGACUCGACGCUGGGUUACUGUGAAAAUCCGGAACCAUUCAAAAUCAGCUUACGGUCGGUGUGGGGCAAUGGCGGGAACAUAACCAAACUGCGAAUCUGUGUACUACGUGUGUAUCCGGUGGUAUACAUUGAUCCGAAGAAUUUGGCUGAUGUACACUCUGAGAAGGUCGAGCGACGUCGCAGCAUAAACGAUGAACGUGAAAAAUCGACAAUUCUCGAAAAAAUCAUCAAUGAAGUAACCAGAGACUUCGAAGAAGAGGAAAAGUGUGCUCGUUACGAGAAUCGCCCUAGGAAAAUCAUCAAACUGGCAGAACUAUCUUCCAUAACCGAUCCGGCUUAUUUAUGCGAACUAUUGGAUAACGAUAACGAUCCGGAACGCAUAGAGGGCGAGUUAACCAACACUCAAAAGACGAUGGUUCUCAAUCAUAAAGAGAAAGUCAAUUGCCUGCGAAGCGAAGAGAUCAACGCUAGGGUGAAGAAGAAACUGGCAGCGAUCGAUAAAGGUCAUAAAAAGUUUGUGCCGUUGUUGAGGUUUAAAAUAACCGACGAAAUGUUCUACGAUAAAACUGCUGUGGUAACGGUUUGGAAGCCAACAGAGGAAAUCCUUUCUCAAAUAAAAGAAGAAUCAGUUUUUGAUUUGACCGGAUCAUCGUCACGUGGUGCACAUUUGUCCGAGCUUCAGAUCUAUGCAGGGAGAAAUGCAAAUUUCCGAAAAUUGAAUGUGGUCACUCGGGUACCUAGGUCACUGUUGCGACGUCACAUCAGUAUUUCCGAAAUAGUUUCCAUUGACCAUCUCGCCUUGAACGAAUUGGAUACCACCGGCUUUGUUAUUCAUGUGGGUGAAAGUUUACACAGUCUUCAGCCCGUGUACAUUGCCGAUAGUAACCAUAACAUCAUGUGCAUCAAUUUCUGGCAGAGCAUCAAAGAUUUUGCGUAUGAAGAUGUACUGCAACCGAAACGUUUUCUGGCAAUCAAAAAUUUGCAAUGGCGAAAAUCUAGCAACAGCAAGUCGAUACCGUGCACAUACACCACCGAAUAUACGCUAUUCAUCGAAAAUCCCCAAUCAGCCGAGCUGUCCAGUGCCAUAACUACCUUAAAAGAGCAAUUCGCUAAUGUUGAUGUGAACGAGUUCAUCGAAUCUUGUAUGGAAAAAGUAAGAUCAUUCAAUUCAUCGUGCCUAUCAACACCAAUUCAUUCCAAUAAUUCGUCAUCCUUACUGCAAUCGACAUCUUCGUUACUGAAGACACCAACCGAUUUUUCACCACGACCUGGUCGUUCGUCUUUGAGUAAUCAAAGUCGAAUCGAAAUGUUAAACAAAUACGGCGAUGGAAUGGCGACACCUCCCUUGAAAAUUGAUAUUUUGAAUAAAAGUUUUAAACUGCCCGUUACAAAUCUCUAAGAAAACUUGUCAAAUUUCAAAAACACAAAUGAGAAUCUUGAAAUAAAUUUUUGUUAUUUUCUUAAGUCAUUUUAAA